AUUUUACACUUGUCAAGCGCUUUUGUACGUCGCCCUAAUUUUUCGACAUAAAAAUAUGUACCCCUAUAGAACAAAUGAAGAACAUGAAUCUCAUACGACACAUAUUUCGAGGAGAUGAGCCCGAGGGGAUGCGAUCAUUCAUAUUGGCUACACAUUGACCUCACCAAAUCACUGCCCUGAAGGGCGAUUUGAGAGGCUUCGAUAGAGCCGAGCAAUAUAGCUGGUACAAUGCAAUCAUAAGCAGUACAAGACCGCCCAAUGGGACAAAAUUCGGAUUGUAACACGAGUCUCACCCAGGAACUUGGAUUGCACAUCAAACUGACACGAGCAGCGACAACCCGCACGAUGAUACGGGGUUUAACUCCUAGACAAGUCGACAGUGAGUCCAAUUCAUUCAGCAAUAGAUCAACACGGCGAUGAAGAUAAUACUUGCGGUUCAACAAGUCACAAAAAGAAAAGUCCAC